AUGCACCCCAAAGAGUCAACCUCAAGUCCACAACGUGUUUGCAGUUUCAGCCUCUCCUCAUCGCCAAGCUGCCGACUUGCACACGGAUACAGUUGCAUUUUCCCAUCGUCAUGCCAACCUUGGAUUUGGAUUGGUACGGUACGGCUCUUACCUGCCCAACAUAUAUUCUGUCAUGGACAUUUAAGUGAUCCCGACCCUGUCGAUGGCGCCUUGAACCGAAAUAGUGACCUUAUUCCCGAAUGGGACGACAACUGUCCGCGUUUAAAACCAUGCAUCGUAUUCAAAAAGAGGCUGGACAACGAGACUUUAGCUAAGCUCAUUGAGAAAAUUGAGGCUUUGGUGGAGGAUGCAGACCCACCUGUCAAGACCACAUCAACCCUGCCCAUCACAGAAGAUCCAGGCGAAGCGAAAGACAUGGAGACAACCCAGAAUGUUUUCGUUCAACCCAUCGACGAGGUUGUGAAGGAUAUCGUUUUAGAGAAGAUUAAGGGCAGUGGAUACUGCAAGCAUAGGGAGAGAAGUGAAUUGCUCGAUGAUAAUGGAAGAGUUGAGGAGGAGGAUCAUCAGGGCACUGCCGAAGAAGAAGAUCCAUAUCUAUUCCUUUGA